UGUAUAGGGCGCCUAAGCGCUGUACUGUCAAGUGUCAAACGGUGUUGACGUUGUGUCGCUUCAACGGCAUACGUCACACGUAUCAGUUCUAUUUCUUUUCCUAGAUCUCACAACUCGGCCAUUUUUGUUGCGACCUUCCUACAGCAUGUCGCACAGAAAAUUUUCAGCACCCCGGCAUGGGUCCAUGGGAUUCUAUCCCAAGAAGAGAUCCCGCCGCCACCGUGGUAAAGUUAAGGCGUUCCCUAAAGAUGAUGCCAGCAAGCCUGUACAUCUAACAGCUUUUAUUGGUUAUAAAGCUGGCAUGACCCAUGUGGUUCGUGAACCUGACCGUCCUGGAUCAAAAAUCAACAAAAAAGAGAUUGUGGAAGCUGUUACCGUGAUAGAGACACCUCCAAUGGUAUGUGUUGGUGUAGUUGGAUACAUUAACACUCCACAUGGCCUUAGAACUUUACUCACUGUUUGGUCUGAGCAUAUGUCUGAAGAUUGUCGCCGUCGUUUCUACAAGAACUGGUAUAAGUCCAAGAAGAAGGCUUUUACAAAGGCCAGCAAGAAGUGGCAGGAUGAGCUUGGACGCAAAUCUAUUGAGAAGGACUUCAAGAAAAUGAUCCGCUAUUGUAGUGUGAUCAGAAUUAUUGCUCAUACUCAAAUGAAGCUGCUUAAGCAGCGUCAAAAGAAGGCCCACAUCAUGGAAAUCCAGUUGAAUGGUGGCACUAUUCAAGAUAAGGUUGUAUGGGCCAGAGAACAUUUGGAGAAACCUAUUCCUGUUGAUGCUGUCUUUGCUCAAGAUGAGAUGAUUGACUGCAUUGGUGUUACAAAAGGAAAGGGAUUCAAAGGUGUCACAUCUCGUUGGCAUACAAAAAAACUGCCUCGCAAGACACACAAGGGUCUCAGAAAAGUUGCCUGUAUUGGAGCUUGGCAUCCAUCGAGAGUAUCAUUCACUGUAGCCCGUGCUGGUCAAAAGGGCUAUCAUCAUCGCACAGAAAUGAAUAAGAAGAUUUAUAGAAUAGGCCAAGGUAUUCAUACUAAGGAUGGAAAAGUUAUUAAGAAUAAUGCAUCAACUGAGUAUGAUUUGUCUGAGAAAUCCAUUACACCAAUGGGUGGUUUCCCUCACUAUGGUGAAGUGAAUAAUGACUUUGUUAUGAUUAAAGGAUGUUGUAUGGGACCUAAAAAGCGUGUUAUCACAUUAAGAAAAUCUUUGCGAGUACACACCAAGAGGGCUGCACUUGAAAAGAUCAACCUCAAGUUUAUUGAUACAGCCUCUAAGUUUGGUCAUGGUCGCUUCCAAACACCAGCUGAUAAGGCUGCAUUUAUGGGGAUACUUAAGAAGGACCGUGUUCGCGAAGAGGCUGCAGCUACAUCGGCUGCACCAGCUCCUCAACCAUAAAAGAUUUUGUUUAUAAUAAAAUUGAGGAAACUUAA